AUGAUCAAAUCAAUCACAAUACCACACCACAAGUCGUCGCCGGAGAGACGUUACACGCCACCCAACAGCGAAGAACAACAGAGGGCAGGGCACCAAAUGCGGAAUGAGCCAACACUACCAACGAUUAUAAAAGGACUACCAACGAGAAGCCUGGUCUGGUAUGUGGCGGUUUGGAUGUCGGAGUGGUUGACUAGGGAGUAUAUCCUGACGGAUAAAAAACUGAAAGGGCCGGAGCUGCAGCUUGUCGAGGUUGCUUCGAACUAUAAAUCAACGGACUGCCGAUAUAAGAGCAUGAAGGAAUAUGCCGAAGUCGACCGAAGGAACGGCAGCCACACACUCGGGACAAGACUACUCAUUCGGAAGCCAUGCCAACAAACCAUCGGACAGUUCAUCAGUCGUCCGCGAGCCAAGACUGCGCUCAUGCGGCACGCCGAUCGAUGGGAAAUAAAAUAG